CUGUCAUAUAAUAUUAUGUAUAUUGUAGAAAAUCACAUGUGAAAAUGCAUAAAGGCAGUUGUAGGCUAGUAGUAGGGCCUAGAUCUUCCGUCAAUUAGCGGGUUUGACAGAUACAAUUAUUCAAGAAACAUGUUUUUGUUUUUGUUUUGUUAAAACAAUAAAAUAAAAUAAACUUUCUUUCUUGGCUCCGUUUCAAAAUCUCUGUUUUCUUUUGGAUUCCAAAAGUCACUGCCACAAAGUAAACAGAUGUGGUAGGAGGAGAACAAGGUAUCUUUUUCCACUUGACAUUUUUCCACUUUGCCGACAAAAAGUUUAUUAAAACAAUUAAAAUGGGAAAAUGUACCUGGAUUUUACUGUUAACUUAUAUUUUGUGCGCCUGGGCACAGAUUAUCGAGUUAUCGCCCACACCUUGCAACGACAAAGCUGUGGAGAAGCUUUCCAAAUUGGCGCUCACCUACAUCAAUGAAGACAGAACCAUGGGGUAUAAAUUUGCCCUCAAUAGAAUAUCCAACGUUCAUCUUCACGCUCAGGUCAGUUUCCUGUCUAUUAUCAAAGAAUGUUGCUGUCAAUUUAUUUUAAACUCGGGAAUUUACGUUUAAGAAAAUCAACUACUAGCCUAAUGAGUGUUCGUUUGUGUCGGGCCUACGUAUGCCUUGUCCCCCAGGCUAAUUGAGCAUUGGCAUAAGUGUCUGGUGUACUGUAUGCAUUCUUUUAAUAUUAUGUGACGAGAUGCAGACCUGUUGUAACGUCAAAAUUAGAUCAGAUUCUCGUGUAUCAGCUCUUGGGAUAGUGGUAUCAUGAGAGCAGGAUUAAUAAUGGGCUUAUCUUGAAAUGACACACACACACACACACACACACACACACACACACACACACACACACACCUGGCAUUUAGCCACUAUGGUAUGCUCUUUAUCUAAUGAGUAAGAGACUGGCAAACCCAUUCUGAAUAGAAGGGAAAUCUAAUGUUGGUCGUUUAACAUUCUCAGUCUGGCCAAGAAGGGAAAACACAGGCUCAUGUUGUGAGUCUGAUAUUUUCCUCCAUCUUUAAUGUUUGUCUCUCAGGGUCCAGCUGGAAACGUCUACUACCUCCUUCUCGACGUGUUGGAGACCAAGUGUCAUGUCUGGAGCCCCAAACCCUGGAAACGAUGUGACGUCAGGCCCUUCAUGGAAACAGUAUGUCACCCUGAUACAGAAAUUAAUUAUGUUUAUCAUACACACACACACACACACACACACACACACACACACACACACACACACACACACACACACACACACACACACACACACACACACACACACAGCAGCAGCGGUAGUUUUUCUUCCCCAUUUCACAGUCCCACCAGCACGUCCAUUGUGCCCAGAUGUACACUACAGUUACUACUCCUGGACCUGAAUCAGUGACUUUAAGUUCCUGUUUUGUCCUAAUAAACACACAGCAGUUUUCACCGCCUCUGUUUCACUCUCCUCUUGCCUUGAGGUCCCCGAGUGGCGCAGUGGUCUAAGGCACUGCAGCGCAGUGCUAGCUGUGCCACUAGAGAUCCUGGUUCGAAUCCAGGCUCUGUCGUAACUGGCCGCGACCGGGAGACCCAUGGGGCGGCGCACAAUUGGCCCAGCGUCGUCCAGGGUAGGGGAGGGAAUGGCCGGCAGGGGUGUAGCUCAGUUGGUAGAGCAUGGCGUUUGCAACGCCAGGGUUGUGGGUUUGAUUCCCACGGGGGGCCAGUAUAAAAAAUAAAUAAUGUAUGCACUCACUAACUGUAAGUUGCUCUGGAUAAGAGCGUCUGCUAAAUGACUAAAAUGUAAAAUGUCGCCAACGGCACUGGACGUGUUACUAAUAACAUACUGUGGUACAGUAGAGGCGUGACCCGAGAAACACUGUCAUGGCCGUCCGUAGACAAUGACCUCACCAUUCAGCGUGCAGAAUUCAGUAUAGAAAGUUGGUGAAAUUGGUCUCUGUGCUAGUUUUUAAUAUAGUUUUAAUAUACUCCAGAACUACUGGACUGAGUUUUCCCUGAGAUUGGAUGCAUUUAAUAGAGUCCAAGCAAUAAUGAUUUGAUUGAUGAUGACAUUGUUUCCCCUUGCAGCAAAUCUCUGGGAACUGCAACACCACCAUUCUCCACACAGCCGAGGGAUACUCCUACCUUUACAGCUAUGACUGCACACUGGCGCCUGGUACUGUAUCUCUACUGUACUCUCACUUUUCUACAUACCUAGAUAGGCAACCCCAGCACUUGACCUCAAUGGGUGCACCCGAGACACUUUAAAACCCUUCUUCAGGUGUCACAAAGAUCUGAUCUUCUGUGCAGGCCUUUGCAGAAUAUGUACCUGGAAUGGACCUAAUCCCCCCCUCUCUCCUCUCCCCUCUCCCCUCUCCCCUCUCCCCCUGCAGACCCUCCAGAGAAGCUGCAGCAGACAUGUCCAGCCUGCCCCUUGCUGCUGCCUGUAGACAGCCCCCAGGCGGUGCACGCCGCUGGGCUGACCCUCCACAAGUUCAACACGCAGAGCACCCUGCCCUCCAGCCUGGCUCUGCAGAACCUCACCAGGGCCUCCGCACAGGUAGCUAGCCAGGCUGCUAACUUGCUCUUAUAGAUUGAUUGAUUUGUAUUUGAUGAUUAAACGUGUACACAAGGCAUCUCAUAUAGUGAGAGCAGUAGACAUGUUAACGGUAGGCUUUUCCCAUGAGCGGAUCUUUUCUGUCAUUGUCUAUGUUCCCCCAGAGUGGGCCCAUGCCGGCCACCUUAGUCGAGUACACCGUGCAGGAGUGUCGCGAGGGCUAUGUGGGCAUGUGUGUGCCAACAGACAAGAGCGGAGACGUACGUAAGUGCCAGAACCCAUGGCAACAUUUUAUAUCACAGUGCCUUGCCAAAAGUGGAGGGGAUGGAAUCGAGGAGAUGAAAUAAAAUGCCAUACCACUGCAAACCAUUGUGUUGUUUCCCCAUAGUCUAUAAAAUGUGAAAUUCAGUUACUCUGAGUUACAACCUUUCCCUUGCAGCCAGCUGGGUUUUGUAAGGGGGCUGUGUACGGAGCUAUCGGCCAGCCAGACGUGGAUGUCUCUUGUGAAAUAUUCCACCCACAGGUAUUGUCAAUACGCCUACAUGAUGUCUUUGUUUGUUUGGGCUUGGGCUUUGCUUAUCUGUUCAGUUCUGGGAAUGAGACAGAGCACCAGUCACAAGAGCUGUAAACAACAGCAGACAUACAACUCAAUGAGAGCAGAGACAAACGGUGUCCAAACCUAAACUGCAAUACAUCUUAGUGAAAUCUCAGUUUGACUGGACCCAUGAUGAAUCCUAUAUUAUAAAUCCUUUCUAAAAUUGCCUGAUGGGAGUUUUAUUGCGUUGCAUUUGUACUGUGUUUUAUUUUUUUUGGUUUGAUUGUUUGUUGUUUGUUGUGUGUUUGUUUGUUUAUUUUGUUUGUAUGUUUGUAUUUUCGUGUUGAUGUUGGUUUAUGUGUUGAUGUUUUUGUUUGUUUGGUUUGUUUUUUACGUUUGUAGUUGUGUUUACUGUGUACUGUUGUAUUGUUAUAUAAAUGGUUGUUUUGUUGAUGUUGUACUUGUUGUGUGUGGUGUGUAUGUUGUUUGUAUGUGUUGGUUGUGGUGUGUGUUUAUUCACUGUUGUAUGAUUGUUGUAUGUGACUGUGUUUUAUUGUUGUGUGUAUGUGUUGUACUUGUUGUAUGUGUGAUGGUGUAUGUGUUUGUUUGUAUGUGUUGUAUUGUAUGUGUUGUACUUGUUGUUGUAUUGAUUGUGUGUUGUACUGUUGGUGUACUGUGUUGUAUUACUAUGUUGUAUUGUUGUGUUGUGUUGUUGUUGUGUUGUACUGUGUUGUAUUGUUGUGUUGUAUUACUGUGUUGUGUUGUUGUGUUGUAUUGUUGUGUUGUACUGUGUUGUAUUUUUGUGUUGUUUGUGUUGUGUUGCUGUGUUGUUUGUUAUGUCUGUGUUGUAUUGUUGGUUGUUGUAUUAUGUGUUGGGGUUUGUUUUGUUGUAUGUACUGUGUGUUUGUGUGUUGUUUGUUGUGUUGUAGGUGUUUGGUUGGUUGUUUGUGUUUACUGUGUUGUUGUGUUGUUUGUUGUGUUGAGUUUGUGUUGUUGUGUUGUUUAUUGUUGUGUUGGUUGUUUACUAUGUUGUUUUGUGUUGUGUGUAUGUUGUUUGUUGGUUGUAUUGUUGUGUGUUGUUUGUUGUGUGUGUACUGUGUGUUGUGUUUUAUUGUACUGUUGUUUGUUGUUUUGUUGUUAUUGUUGUUGUUGUUUUAUGUGUUGUUUUGUUUUGUGUUGUUGUGUUGUAUUGUUGGUGUUGUGUGUGUGUGUUGUGUUGUGUUGUACUUGUGUUGUGUUACUGUGUGUUUUGUUGUAUUGUGGUGGAUGUGUAUUGUGUGUUGUAUGUGUUGGUUGUUUGUUGUUGUACUGUGUUGUUGUAUUGUUGUGUUGUACUGUGUUGUAUUACUGUGUUGUAUUGUUGGUGUAUGUUGUGUUGUACUGUGUUGUAUUGUUGUUUGUGUUGUUGUUUGUUUGUUAUGUAUUGGGUUGUACUGUGUGUUAUUGUUGUUUUGUUGUGCUGUUUGUUGUAUUGUGUUGUGUUGGUUACUGUGUUGUAUUCUGUGUUGUAUUGUGUGUGUUUUUGUUGUAUGUGUUUGUUUUGUUGUUUGUUGUUGUUGUGUUGUGAUGUGUUUGUGUUUUGUUACUGUGUUGUAUUACGUGUUGUAUGUUUUUUGUUGUUGUUUUUGUUUUGUUGUGUGUGUUUGUAUGUUGUUGUAUUGUUGUGUUGUUGGUUGUUUUUGGUAUUUUUGUAUUACUGUGUUGUAUUGUUGUGUUGUUUUGUUGUGUUGUAUUGUUGUGUUGUACUGUGUUGUAUUACUAUGUUGUAUUGUUGUGUUGUGUUGUUUGUUGUGUUGUGUUGUAUUUUUGUGUUGUACUGUGUUGUAUUACUAUGUUGUAUUGUUGUGUUGUUGUUGUAUUGUUGUGUUUAUUAUUGUGUGAUUGUUGUGUUGUGUUGUUGUGUUCUAUUACUGUGUUGUAUUGUUGUGUUGUAUUAUUGUGUUGUGUUGUUGUGUUCUAUUGCUGUGUUGUAUUGUUGUGUUGUAAUGUGUUGAAUUGUUGUGUUGUAUUGUUGUGUUGUACGUGUUGUAUUAUUGUGUUGUGUUGUACUGUGUUGUAUUGUAUUGUUGUGUUGUUUUGUACUGUGUUGUAUUGUUGUGUUGUACUGUGUUGAAUUGUUGUGUUGUACUGUGUUGUAUUGUUGUGUUGUGUUGUACUGUAUUGUUUUGUACUGUGUUUUAUUGUUGUGUUGUACUGUGUUGUAUUGUUGUGUUGUACUUUGUUGUAUUGUUGUGUUGUACUGUGUUGUAUUACUAUGUUGUAUUGUUGUGUUGUGUUGUUGUGUUGUACUGUGUUGUGUUGUAUUGUUGUGUUGUAUUAUUGUUGUGUUGUUGUGUUCUAUUACUCUUGUUUUUUAUUGUUGUGUUGUAUUGUUGUGUUGUACUGUGUUGAAUUGUUGUGUUGUAUUGUUGUGUUGUACUGUGUUGUAUUGUUGUGUUGUGUUGUACUCUGUUGUAUUGUAUUGUUGUGUUGUAUGGUUGUGCUGGAUUGUGUGUUGUUUUGUUGUGUUGUAUUGUUGUGUUGUGUUGUAUUGUUGUGUUGUAUUGUUGUGAUAUAUUGUUGUAUUGUGUUGUGUUGUUUUAUUGUAUUUUACCUUCUUCUCUAGGGCAUUGAUGUUUUCCAUGACAUGACCCCUCCUCGACCCCCAACGAUGCCUGAAGUCCCCAUCUUUGUUCCCAAAGUCCCCAUUAUCAUCCCCUCCUACCCCACAGCACCCCCUCCUCUUCUGGAGGAGCCCCAACCACAACCCUUUGACCCCAAUGUCCUGGUCAACCCUACAUUUAUCUCCCCCAACCCCCCUAUCCCCAACCCCAACCCUUCGUCCUCCAGCGAAUCUUUGGAGUCUCAGGAGACUCCAGUCUCUCCAGGAGUUCCAGACUCGUCCUCCGAGGAGCUGGGGGCAGGUGUGGCUCGGCCGCCCUUCAGCUUCCGUUACCGGCCCCUGCGCAGACGGAGGCAGGCCCUGGUGACAGCCAAGCCCCCUCACACCCCUGUCUUUCUGGCUGAGUUCCCCAGCUCACCCUCUCCCUUCCGCUCCUGCCCUGGUCCAUCUCGCUACACGACUGUGUAAACCAGACUAGGAUAGAGCCAGGGCCUCGUUCAGUAGGGCACAACGUUGUGCAACAUUCAUAAAGAAAUGUAUGGCUUUUCUAUCUGCAACGUUUGGUAGGUUGUAUCCUCCUGAACGCAUCUCAGGCAUGGCUUUAAAGUUAGGAGACUGGUAUAAAUUGUAGAGUUUCAUCCAAGUGCUUAUCCUGCGUACGUUUGAUAUUUUAGUUUGUUAAUGAUCAUCUCUUCACUGAAAACAUAUUCAGACAUUAGUCGUUAUCUAGCCUGCAGCUUUAUGUUUCGGAGGUUUCUUUGAGACUUCAGUUCAGACGUUCUCAUCCGAUUUAAAAACAGCUAAAUAAACACUUACAAUGUGAUGAAAAGUGUUGACUGUUUGUAUAAUAGUUCUUUAUCUCUCUGUUGGUGACAUAUUUUAUUUUCGGGCCAAAUCGCCAUGGGAUUCAUUGACACAUAAACAAACAUUUACAAUAAUUCAC